AUGCUGCCGCCGUCCAAGGGACUGACGACGGCCGAAGCGGAAGAGCUCCUUGCCAAAUACGGACGCAACGAGCUCCCGGAGAAGAAAACGCCCAGUUGGCUGAUAUUUGUGCGUAACCUAUGGGGUCCUAUGCCUUUUGCGCUGUGGGUCGCCAUCAUCAUUGAGUUUGCGCUGGAGAACUGGCCUGACGGUGCCAUUCUUCUUGUUAUUCAGCUUGCCAAUGCCACAAUUGGGUGGUAUGAGACAAUCAAGGCAGGCGACGCUGUGGCUGCGCUGAAGAACUCACUGAAGCCCGUGGCGACCGUCCACCGUGACGGAGCAUGGCAGCAGCUGGAUGCCGCGCUGCUGGUGCCCGGUGAUCUUGUGAAGCUCGCAUCCGGCUCCGCGGUGCCUGCCGAUUGCAGCAUCAACGAGGGUGUGAUUGACGUGGACGAGGCGGCGCUGACGGGUGAGUCGCUUCCCGUGACGAUGGGAACGGACCACAUGCCCAAAAUGGGCUCAAACGUUGUGCGCGGUGAGGUGGAUGGGACGGUGCAGUACACUGGACAAAACACCUUUUUUGGCAAAACUGCGGUGUUGCUGCAGUCAGUGGAAUCCGAUCUUGGAAAUAUUCAUGUGAUUCUCUCACGAGUGAUGGUGGUGCUGACAAGUUUCUCAUUUACUUUGUGCCUUAUCUGCUUUAUCUACUUGAUGGUAAAGUUCAAAGAAUCAUUUCGCCGUUCGUUACAGUUUUCCGUCGUGGUGCUUGUGGUGUCCAUUCCGAUUGCCCUUGAGAUUGUCGUGACGACGACGCUGGCUGUGGGCUCAAAGAAGCUGUCGAGGCACAAGAUCAUUGUGACGAAGCUGACCGCAAUUGAGAUGAUGUCAGGUGUGAACAUGCUGUGCUCCGACAAGACGGGGACGCUGACGCUGAACAAAAUGGAGAUUCAGGAUCAGUGCUUUACGUUUGAGAAGGGCUACGACCUGCGCUCCGUGCUUGUGCUGGCCGCACUUGCUGCGAAGUGGCGUGAGCCCCCUCGUGACGCCCUGGACACAAUGGUGCUGGGGGCUGCGGACUUGGACGAGUGUGACAACUACACACAGACUGAAUUUGUGCCGUUUGAUCCGACAACGAAGCGCACGGCCGCCACCCUUGUGGACAAGCGAACGAACGAGAAGUUCAGCGUGACGAAGGGCGCGCCACACGUGAUUAUCCAGCUGGUGUACAACCAGGACGAGAUCAAUGACCAGGUGGUUGAAAUCAUCGACAGUCUUGCCGCGCGUGGUGUCCGUUGCCUCUCUGUGGCGAAGACGGACUCGCAGGGCCGCUGGCACCUGUGCGGCAUUCUGACGUUUCUUGACCCCCCACGCCCCGACACGAAGGAAACGAUCCGCCGGAGCAAGCAGUACGGUGUGGACGUGAAUUUACGGUUUGUUGUUAAUUGUUAUUAUUAUUAUUAUUCUGUUUUUUUGUGA